AUGUCUGAACACAUUACAUCAAUUGAAAAAGUUAUCCCACAUUUUCAAAAGAAUGGAUUUGUCAUAGUGAUGGACGAUGUAGAACGAGAAAAUGAAGGUGAUUUGAUUAUUGCUGCUGCUAAUAUAACUACUGAACAGAUGGCUUUCCUGAUCCGUCAUUCAAGUGGUUACAUUUGCGCGCCUAUGUCAAAUGAAUAUGCUGAUAGAUUAGACUUGCCUUUAAUAAGAAACAAUGUUAAGUGCAUAUCACAUGCAGAUGAUAGACAUGGUACAGCAUAUACUAUCACUGUAGAUGUUGCAGAAGGUACUACAACUGGGAUAUCUGCUCAUGAUAGAGGUAUAACAUGUAGAGCUUUAGCUGAUCCAAAUUCUAAACCAACUGAUUUCUUAAAACCAGGCCACAUUUGUCCCCUAAGAGCAAAUGAUAAUGGUGUGUUACAAAGAAAAGGUCACACUGAAGCAGCUGUAGACUUAUGUAAAUUGAGCAGUUUACCUCCCGUAGGCGUUAUUGGGGAAUUAAUUAAUGAUGAUGAUCAGGGGGGAAUGAUGCGAUUGAAUGACUGUCUCGAGUUUAGCAAGAAAUAUAAUAUACCAAUUAUAACAAUUGAAGAUUUGGCUCAACAUUUAAGAACUCAUUAA